AUGGGUCAUAAUAUAUUUGAUGGAAACAAAACACAAACUAAUCGAAAGAGGAAUGUUAUAAAAGUUAAGAAUAAUAAAGGGAGAGUUUAUGAGCGAAAAGACCAAAGUGAGAGAUAUAGAGAUAUUUUAAGUUAUUAUAAAAAUGAAAAAAAAACAAACAAAUUUAUUGAUAAAAGGAAAAAAAAAAAACAUGAAAAAAAAAAUAUGUUUAAUUUAAACGAUGAUCCAUAUAUUAAGGAUAAACAUAUAAGUAUAAAUGAUGUUGGUGACACUGAUGAUGAUUCUUAUAUGGACAGUUUUAAUUCAAAACCCAAUUCAAAAGGGAAACGAAAAUUUAAUAAUUCUAUGAGUAAUAUAAUUCAGGAAAAAAUUGAAUCACGUAAAUUAAUGCAAAUUAAAAAAUAUGAAAUAAAAGAAAAACUAAAAGAAUUUGAUGAACAUUUUGAUUAUAUAAAAAGAAAUGUGUUAUCAUUAAAUAAUAAAGACGACCCAUUAACAGGUGAUGGAAUUGCCAAAAAAAAAAAAAAUAAAAUAAAUAAUAAUGAAGGGAAAUUUAAAAAAAAUAUCGAAAAUGUUAAUAAAAUAAAAUUAGGUGCUGGUGAUAGUAAAAGUAACAAUUUUGAUGCGUGGGAAAAUGGGAAUAUGAGAAAUAAAAAUCGUGAUACUAUAAAACAAGCAAAUAGUGCAAGCGAUGUAGAUGGUAGUGACAUCAGCGAUGGUAGUGAUGAAAUUGAUGACAUGGACAACAGUGAUGGUAGUUAUGGUAGUGAUGACAUGGAUAACAUGGAUGACAGUGAUUAUAGCGAUGGUAGUGACGAGUCGGAAGGGGGGAAAAGGAUCAGUUCCAAAGAGAGAGCAAAAUGCAAAUACUUUGAAAAGCUACGACAUGAUAAUAGUUCAAAUUUGUGGUGGAGUUCAGACGAAAGUGAUAAUGAAAUAAUUGGAGAAAUAUUUAUGGAAUAUGAUAGUUCAAAUAAAUUAAAUAAUGAAAAAAUUAUAAUAAGUGAUGAAAAAAAUAAAGUAAAUAGUAUUUUAGAAAAAUUUAUGAUAAAUGAAAAUAAUGAAUUGUAUAAUUAUUUUAUAAAUAAUACUGAAGAAGAAGAAAAAAAGUUACCAUUAUUUAUUUCUAUAGAAAAGAAAAAAUGUGAAUUAAAGGAUAUUAUAUUAUUACUUGAGCCACAUGAUUUUAAUAUACAAAAAAAAUUAUUAUAUAGGAUAUAUUUUAUUAACAUAUGUAAAAAUAGUAAUAAUUAUAAUUGGAAAAAUAUAGAAAAAAAGAAAAUGAACAUAUAUCAUGUUUGUUUUUUUUUCUCUUUAAUGGAUUAUUGUAUAUUAAAUAUAUGGAAAUGUUUAAAUUUUAAUUUAAAGUUACAUAAUUUUAUAGAAAAUUAUAAAGAAGUAAUUUUAGAUUUUUCUCGUUCAAUGAAAACAGAAUUAUAUUUAUAUAUGUCUUUUUUAUUAUUAAUUUUAUUUUGUAAAAUUCAGAGAAAAAUAAAAACAAGUAAAUUUUAUAAAAAAAAAUUAUAUGUGUUACAAGAAUAUGUAGAAUUAAACAAAGACAAUAAGGAGAAAGAAUAUGAUGUUUAUGUUUACUCAAGAAUAUUAAAAAGUGUUGAAUUAUUUAAUUCAAUAUUUGAUCAGUAUGAAAAAUGUACCGAAAUAUAUGAUAUUCAUUUUUCUGUAAUUUUACUUGCUCUUAUAAUUUACCCUAUAGCUCAAACUGAAACAUCAGAUAGUUCACUUCAAAGGGGAAACCAACAAAAUUAUGAUUUGCAAGAUGAAAAGGAAGGGUUUCAUAAGUUGGAUAUAGAAAAUGAUGAAAAUAAAAAUGACGAUCCUCAAAAGAAGGAAACAGAAAAUACGAUUUCUCAAACUAAUAUAAAUUAUAUAGAGGAUGAUGAGCUUUUGAAAAAAUUGUCUUACAUAAAUAAGGAUAAUACAUUAGAGGCAAGCAGUGAAACUAUUCCUAUUAUUUCCUAUGUAAUAGAAUUAGUUGAAUUUAUAUUUUAUAAUUAUUUAUAUGAUAAAAAUAAUAAUAUAAAUCAUGAUAAGGGAUCAAAUAAUUAUGACUACAUACUUAAUGAUGUUACUUAUGCUAGUAACAUUCAAAUUGAAGAAUGCAUAAAAAAAUUGGGGAAAAUAUUUUCCUAUGAACCAUUUUCUUUUGUAGAAGAAGAGGAACAAAUCGAAUAUGACAACGAAACGAAUGAACAAGAGAAUGAGAUAGUAAAAAAAAAAAAAAGUGGAGCUAUAAUAAAUAAUCUUGGUAUAUAUGAUAAAAAAAAAAAACUGAAAAAUGCAAUAAUUUUAUUAAACAUUUAUAAUAUAAUUAUAGAAAAUAGUAAAAAACACAGUCAUACAUAUUUAUAUUUGUGUUUUCGAAUUUUAAAUACUCUUUUGUUUAAUAUUGUGUCAAACAAAUCAAAGAGAGAAUAUGGCAAAAAAGAUGGUGAACAUAUUGAUUUAUAUUAUACCUUAUCAUUUAAUACAUUUAAUAGUUUAAUUUAUUUUUUAAAAAAAAAUAUAGAGAAUGAUAUUAAUAUAUAUAUAUUAAUGGAACAUAUUGUUAUUCCUAAUUUAUUUUAUUUAUAUAUUAAUUAUUUAAAUUAUAUAUUUACUACCACCCAAAUUAAUUAUUUAAAUAUUUUAGAAGAAUUAAAAAGUGUGCAAUUUAAUAAAAUGUCUAUACCUGAAGAAAUUAUACCAAAUAAUAUAUUAAAUAAUUUUAAUAACAAUUUUGAGAAAUAUUUUACCUAUUUAUUAUAUAUAUAUAAAAUAAUUGAAUAUUCAAAAACAUUUGAUAUUAAACCAAUUAUAUAUAAAAAUACUCAUAAAAAUGGUAUACCCCAAUUUACACCCAAAUAUGCUAACAACAAAAAUCCAAAGGAUUUCCUAUUUAUGCAAAAUUAUCAAACUAAGCUUGCAGAAAUGAAAUCGAUGAGGAAAAAAAUGAGACAACAACGAAAACUUGACUACAAUGAGCUGAGAAAGGAAAACAGCUAUAUCAUUGGAUUGAAGGCUAGAGAAGAGCAAGAACGAAUUAGAAGAAAUCAAGAAAAAUACAAAAAAAUAAAACAAAUGGCUGUUAAUGAUGUUGAAGAGUAUAACAGAAUGAAGACUUAUACUCACUGA